AUGUUGAUAAAUAAUAUCCCGAACAUAUUUAUCGUUUUUCUACUGUUUCUCAUCGGUGGAACAUCAGUUGAUGUCUCAUCAACGAUUGAAGCCACGUAUUCAUCGGUCUUAACAGAAAACCACACCAUUUACUCACGUCCUUUUAGCAGCGGCUCAAUAUAUUACUACGAAACUAUUGAAGUAGUUACCACUAAGAGUGGCUUACACACUGUUGUCAUUGAUGGUAGGAUCAAUCCUAUUGCAUAUCUAUACAAAGGCUAUUUCGAUCGAUUCAAAACUACUCACAGUCAAUUGGAUCUGAUUACGGGAUAUAGCGAUAGGAACCACUUCAACGCCACGUUCGAACUUUUGAUCGAUACAAGAUAUAUCUUGGUUGUAACGACUUUCAAUUCAAGUGUAAUUGGUCCAUUCUCGAUCACUCUAUUUGGUUCAAGUAUAGUACAACUUGAACGUAUUCAUAUUGAACAAUUCAUCGAAUCAAACUAUACAUCUGCACUAUCAAAAGAUCGUGACAAAUAUUAUGCUCUUUCUUGUGAUUUUAUCCCUGAAUACUAUUAUGAAGCAAUACAAAUCAAUGUGAAUAAAAGUGACUUUUAUACUGUUUUCGGCAGUGUUGCAAAUAUUAACAUAGGACUAGUAAUGUUUAUCUACGAGCAUGAUUUCUAUGCGGUAAUUCCAAGGGGUAAUUUAAGUGUGCAACAUGAUAUUUGCAUUGGCACGGAUUUGCGUCACACUACUACUAAACUCUUAGCCAAUAUUCGAUAUAUAUUGGUUAUAACAACGUGUUCAUCAUCUAAAACAGUAGACUUCUCUAUCCAAGUGCUCGGCAGAAACAAUGUUAGCCUUCGACGUACACAUUCUUCUUUGGGUUUUCAUUCUAAUUAUUCAUCGAAACUAACCACAAAAAGUCAAAUGUAUGAUAAAAAUUGUAUUCGUUCAUAUUAUUACUAUGAAAGUCUACGAUUAACCAUUCCCAUCGAUGGAUAUUAUGGUUUUUCAACUGGUAAAAGUUCUGAUAUAAACAUAAAUCUCUACAAGAAUCACUUCGAUCCGUUAAAUCCACGACAAAAUUUAGUUGAAAUUGGUAGACAUGGUUGUUCUAACGGUGAUCGUGAUGGAAGAUAUACAGCCCAUCUCGAGUCUGAUAUGACAUAUACAUUACUUGUAACAACUUCACGACCAAUGCGGAUGACAUCGUUCUCAAUCGAUGUGUAUGGUCUAAGUAAUAUUACGCUUCAUCACUUCGUUGAUAAUUCGAUUUCCUGUUAUGUUGGUGGUGCAUGUAAUAUUCAAGUUAAAAGUAUUGGUCUCACUCUCGACGAUAUUUUACGAUUGGAAGUCAAUCGAAACAUAUCGAUAGGUGAUCAGCCACUUCUGGUCAAAAUGAGUACUACGUUUGCAACAAUCAUGUUUAUUACAGGGAUCAUCAAUAGUCUUUGUUCAAUUUUAACUUUUCAGAAUGAAAAGUCACGAACCGUUGGAUGUGGAUUGUAUCUUCUUGCAUCGUCAGUUACUUCUCUUUUGACGAUCACAAUAUUUAUGCUUAAGGUUUGGUUCGUUGUUGUUACUAACAUGGACACAUCUGUUCAUUCAUCUAUUCUGGAAGGUGGUUGUAAGUCGAUUGAGUCUAUUUUGAAACUCUUCUUCUAUUGGGACGCUUGGCUCAAUGCAUGUGUAGCAGUUGAACGUGCAGCGAAUGUUUACAAAGGUAUCAGUUUCGAUAAAGAGAAAAGUAAACGUUUCGCUCGAUGGAUCAUAUUCAUCUUACCAAUUGUAAUCAUGGGCACACUUGUUCAUGAACCGCUAUACCGUCAAGUAUUUAUGCAUGAAACAAACGAGACGAAACGAAUUGACGAAACAAGAAAUGUAUUCGAAGAAAUCGUAAUAGAUAGACGUUUCUGGUGUUUGACUUCUUAUUCUCAUUCUAUUCAAAAUUAUAAUACAGCUAUUCUCUUUAUUCAUCUUCUCGGUCCAUUUCUUGCCAAUCUCUUCUCUGCCAUCUUCAUCAUUAUCAGAAGUGCUCGUAGACGGCUAGAAGCUCAAAAACGACAAAAAUACGGAGAAUAUCUUCGUGAGCAAUGGAAUGAACACAAACAACUUGUCAUCAGUUCCAUAAUUCUACUUUUUCUCUCAGCACCACGCCUAAUCAUUUCUUUGUUAUCGGGAUGUACAAAUGUUUCUGAUCAAGCGUGGCUAUAUCUAUCUGCAUAUUUUAUUUCAUUCAUACCAUCAAUACUUGUCUUUGUCGUAUUUGUUGUUCCUUCAAGUUCCUAUCAGAAAAUUUUCAAAGAAUCAUUUCUUGGAAUCUGUAAAAGGCAAUGA